CCUUACUUUCGAACAGUUGCUCUCUCCUAUGGCAUUGGCUUCCCCUUCCCUCGACGUGGGAGCUUUCCCUCGCAGUUUCUUCCUAUCCAAACCAUGGUCUUCUCCUCACAGACCUCGUCACUCAUCACUAUGGCGAAUCGUUCCAAGAUCAGCUCUUCGAGAAUGGAAAGAUUACGAGGACGCGGUCAAGCGCAAGGACCUGGCUGGUGCUCUGAAGUUCUUGAAAACCAGGGAAGCUGCGGAUUUGGUGCUUCCCGUUCAACCCUUGAAUGGGUCUUCUUCACAAUUGGGUCUUUUUGGGUCUGAGAGGGAUUGGGAGGUUUUGGACACUUGUUUGAAUGCUGAUGAUUUGAGGCUGGUUGCGAAUGCUUACGCCUUUCUCAAGGACAGAGGUUUCUUACCCAAUUUCGGCAAAUUUAGGAAUAUUGUUUUAGAGGGACCGAGAAAUGUUACUCCAACUGUAUUGAAGGCUUCAACUGGUUUAGAAGUGUCCAAAUUUGCUCCAAAGAAGUGGGGUCUUUCUGGAAGUUCUCAGCUUACUAUGAUCACUUUCCUUGGUGGGACAUCUUUUCUUCUUUAUCAAGGCAUUGAUUUUAGGCCGAACCUUGCAGCAAUAUUGGGGCUAGCAUUUGUAGAUUCUAUAUUCCUUGGUGGUUGCUGUUUAGCUCAAUUGUCAAGUUAUUGGCCUCCACAUAGACGUAGGAUACUGAUCCAUGAAGCAGGGCAUCUCCUAAUAGCUUACCUAAUGGGUUGCCCAAUUCGUGGGGUCAUUUUAGACCCGAUCGUUGCAAUGCAAAUGGGCAUUCAAGGACAGGCAGGAACUCAGUUUUGGGAUGAGAAAAUGUCUAAUGACCUAACUGAAGGAAAACUGGAUGGUACCGCCUUUGACAGAUACUGUAUGGUGCUUUUUGCUGGCAUUGCUGCUGAAGCUCUUAUAUAUGGUGAUGCCGAAGGUGGAGAAAAUGAUGAAAAUCUCUUUAGGCGCACCAGUACUCUUCUGCAACCCCCAUUAUCUGUAGCUGAGAUGUCCAAUCAAGCAAGAUGGUCCCUUUUACAAUCAUAUAAUCUGUUGAAGUGGCAUAAACAUGCGCACCGAGCUGCUGUAAAAGCUCUGGAAAGUCGUUGCAGUCUAAGUGUUGUAAUACAGAGAAUCGAGGAUGCUAUGUCAACCGAUAGAUGAGUGGCGAAAAAGUAUAAAUCUAUUGUAAUUGGUUUAGAUAAAGCAUGAGAAGUUGGAAGUAUCACUGUGAAUGUAGACUUGGUUUGCAGUGUUUUCAUCAGCUUUCUGAACUUGGCCUAUGAUCUCAACCACGAACCGACAAACUGAAAUUACAUCUAAUAUGGAAAAAAGAAGUCUUUUGAUGAAAAAUAAGGAUCCCAUGUAUAGAAAAUGCUCCAGUAAAUUACUUGGAACUCGCUAUAUUAAAGCUCGAACUAGAAGAGUGCUGUGCAGAACUUCCAAACUGGAGACGGUAAAGCUUUCUUCUUUAUUAACCCAUUAUAUUCCAUCUUUCCCAUCUCAGGAGAACUUUAAAUGACUUAUUAUUGCCUUAAAUCUUCUGUAUCUAAUGACAUAAUUGGUGAUUACAUGACCAAUCUGUUUUAGGUAAAGAAAACAUUCACAAUUGUUUUGUUUAUGCCUAGACUCCUUGGACAUAAUUCUCUGGUGGUUAUCAGUGGAUAAUGCAAAAAUACCAACAUAUUUGUAGUA